AUGGAGACGCUGGCUCAGACUAUGAAUAUUUCCAAGGUGGCACCGGAUGGCAGCUUCACUAACAGCUCCUCCAACUGUACUAUUGACAGCUUCAAACUAGUAAUUUAUCCCAUCACAUAUCUCUUUACCUUCUUCCUGGGUGCUGUUGGAAACAGCCUCUCCGUUUAUGUUUUCUUCCAGACUUCACAAAGGACCUCAGUAAACAUUUACAUGAUGAACUUGGCUAUUUCAGACCUCAUGUUUGUGAUCACUUUGCCCUUUCGGGUCUCAUAUUUCCUCUUGGGAUCACGUUGGGUAUUUGGUGAUAUCCUCUGCAGGAUCAUGACUUACAGCUUGUACAUGAAUAUGUACUGCAGCAUUUACUUCCUCACCGUGCUCAGCGUGGUUCGUUUCGUAGCCAUCGUCCACCCGUUCAAACACAGAAAAGUGACCAACACGAAGUAUGCCAGGAUAACCUGUGUGGCCAUAUGGAUCUUUGUGCUGGCAGCUGCCAGCCCUCUAUUAAACAAGGGAGUCGCUGGCUACAGCAACCCAGUCAAAUGCUUGGACCUCCACCCGUCCAGCACGCACAGCCUCCUCAUGAUGAACAGCUUUGUCCUCGUCGUGGGCUUCGUUCUGCCGUUCUGCACAAUUGUGUUCUGCUAUGUCUUUGCCAUCAGGACGCUGCUUAAGUCCAGGGCUCCGCCGAGCAAGAGGGCAAUCUGUCACAGGAAGGCGCUGUUAACCAUUGUCAUCACUCUCAUCCUCUCCCUCAUCUGUUUCCUGCCGUAUCACAUCCUGCGAACUGUCCACCUGAUGUCCAGCAGCUGCAGCCAGGCCAGCCUGCACAAGGCGCUGGUGGUCACUCUCUGCCUCGCUGCCAUGAACAGCUGCCUCGAUCCCUUCCUCUAUUACUUUACUGCUGAAAAUUUCAAAGCAAAAAUCAGAAGUUUGUGCUGCAGGUAG